UGGUAGUAGUGGACUAGUGGGGCCAAAUAUGGCGUUACAGGGAGAUUCUUCAGGGCUAAAAUUUGUGAAUGUGGCUUCUUUAUUAUCAGUUUUGAAAGGAAAUCCUAUAUAUGCAGCAUGUGUGAGAUUGGAAGCAACAAUAAACGACAAGAAAAAAAUUUAUAUAGACAAAGUAGAGGCCUUGAUGUACGUUCUUCAAAGUUUGUCUGAUUACUUAUCCCAACAAUCAUCCGAGCAUACUUUGCUACUGUUUGAAUAUCUCCACAGACACACUUUGAAUCUGGUACUACAUGGUGACUGGGGGAAAAACAACGCCGCCAAGCAGCAUAUGACAUUUGUAUUCAAGAGAUUCGAAACAAUAGCACUAAAGAAAAAUCUCCCUUCAGUCACAGAACAUAUUGGAACUCUGUUAGAGCUACUCACAGACCCCUGGGGAAAUAUCACUCUCUCCAAAAUACUAAAUGGGGACAGAUGCACUGAAGAAGAAGUGUUAAACCUGAUCAAGACAGAAAUGGGUCUGGUGUUAAUUGUCCGGCUGGAAAUCAUGGCGGAGGCACGCCUAGACAUCCAGGCGCUUCGACUUAUUGAGGUCUGUCUACAGUGUGUCACCAACAUCAGCAGCAGCCAUCUUUUCCAGUCCUACACUGAUGAAAUCAUAUAUAUUAGAGACAUUUAUUUGAUUCUACUGGUUAGAACAAAGAAUAGUGCCAAAGUUUUGAACGAGGUAAACCAAAUGAGUUUAGUGGAGGGGUUGAAGUUAGUUCGACGCUGUACGAAAGGUGAUCGACUGGCACGUCUGCGCAAAAGUCGUAUCAAGAUGGCUGAUGUGGUUGCAAACAUGGCUCUAGUCUCAGCUAUGAUCCAUCCUAUCACUGAAGAAGCUGUACUCCAUGACAUGAUUGAGGAAUGGUACAAUCUCCAUCCAGAUACCCAAGUGCUAUUCCGUCUGUUGAAAAACAUGAUGAUAAAUGCAGUAUCUUCACAACACAUCUACCUUCUUGGUCAAUUACUUGUGGAAAAGUAUGGUGAAACCGAGAAAUUGCAGUGUGUGGAACUGUACAUACGAGCUCUCACUGUCAACUUAAAUGAAUUAGAAAAGUAUAAAUCAAACAGUGAUCAAGAAAAAGUAAAGGAAUCAGAAGUAAGACUAUCAAAAGGGUUUUUAUUGUUAGCAGAUUAUCUGAAAGAUGACAUCAUAACUUGUCGUGAGUGUGUGUUGACGGCAUUCUCACUGAAUCCAACUAUUAUUUGCUAUGAGAAACUCAAAGAAUUAGCAAUAGCAAGUGGAAAGCUAAAUUUCCAGCGUGUACAGGGUCGUGAUGAUGAUUGUGAAAACAAUCAGUCGUCCAUAAACUGUGAAAAACGCACAAUUGAAUGCCAUCAAGACCAAGGUAUAAAAAUUGAUACGGGUCAGUUGAAUGGGACAGAACUAACAGAGGAUGUAAUGCCUGACAUUGGACUAAGUUCAAGAUACAAAGUUUUGCCAUCUCCUAUUCAAAUAUCUGACGCACAAAAAAUAGGAAUACCUCAGACAAUGUGUGAUGAUCUCUCAACAGUUAUCAGUAGUGCUCGAUAUCAAGUACUAAACUGGCAUCUUGAUUGGGCAGAGUUGAGUUCAAGAUGUGAAUCAUACAUAUUAUCAGGCAAAGAAGUGAGGAGCACAGAAAAAGAACUCAAGUACCUAAAUAUUGACUAUAAUCAGUUCAAGGAUUGGCCUAAUGACAGAGAGUAUGACACUGGCAUUGAGAAAGGAUUUGAAGAAUUCAUUGAAAGUGAAUCAGAUGAAGGGUUUGACACAUCAUCUGGAUCUUCAAAAAGAAAACACUCCAAACUCAGCAAUGAUGAAACAAGAGACUCAUUGGAAUAUUCUUAUCAGGUUCAAGCCAAAAUUGAUGAAACUUAUGUAUCAAAUUCGUCUGAGUCAGAAUUUGACUAUAAAGGUAAUAAAAAGCCGAAAAUCAAAGCAAAAAGAAAAGCUUUAUUGUCAAUAUCUGAUUCAGAUACUGGGACCCAGGACAGUCGGCCAGACAGUCUAGGAAGCAACAACAACUUCCUAAAUAGAAUAAAUAACAAGAAAAAAGCCAAGACUGUAACAGAGAAAAACAAGAACAAUACUUCUAAUCUAUUACUGCCCAAUAACUGGCCAUUAAAACCAGGAACACCACUCAAAUUUUCACAGUUUCCACAGUCAGCCGAUGUCAUUGAUAUUAUUAGUAUUGAAGAAGAUGCAGAAGAUAACAUGAGUCCUGUAACAUAUGAUUUUCCAGAAAAAGCUAAUAAUUUAAAGCCUGUUAUGUCAGGUUUGCCAAAGAAUUCUGGCAAAGCAAGUCCGGAACUUGCAGAUUUAUCAAGAAAAAGUCGAAAUGUAAGUCCAGUUACUGAUAGUGUUGUAAAUAUUGCAAAUAAUAUCUCUCCUGUUGCCAGACCAGCACCAUCGACGGGAACAAAUGUAGAAAAGCCUAAUUAUUGUAUUGCUGAAAAUGACCUUUCACUGUCGACAUCAUUGUCUCCUUUCAAUAGUCCAUCUAAGUUUAGUGAUCCAACAGUAUUAAAAUCACUACGCAUGUAUCGUGCUAGAAAGCCUGCCACAGUUAGUAUUUCCAAUGUACCUGAUAAAGAAAAAGAAAAAGUGCUUGAUAAGUUCACUCCCAUGUUGAGCACCAUUGAUCUUAAUCCAAGAAUAUUGAACCGGUCCAAAAGUGUGGUCAAGCCUGCUGACAUCAUAACUAUUGAUGUCGAAAGUGAGCCUGAAAUCAUAGAUUUAGUUGAUUCUGAUGAUGAGGUGUCAGCAGAUUUCAGCAAAAAACUCCCUUAUGAUAUUUCAAGUAAAAUGAAAUUAAAUUUUGACAAUGUCUUGCAGAACAAUGCUUGGAAUAGGAAAAGUGCAUUUUCCAAGCCAAACCCAAUAAGUGAUUUUGCUAGAAAUCUAGGUUUGAAGUCAUUAGACAUGAUAAGACCUGCUACAUCUGAAACAACUGUACAAGUAGUUCAGUUUUCCAACUCCGCUCGUCCUCUCGUAACUUCAACCAGCAACACAACUCCAAUCACAAGCCCGAUGUAUACAAUGUCACAACAAAAUAUCUCAGCUUCCCUUGGUCAAGUAUCCUGCAGUAGUGUAGGCACUACUACCACGCUAAUAUAUACAAUGCCUCAACAAACAACAUCUGUAACUCAUGCUCAAGGAUCAAAUAAUAAUUUGGCUCCUAACACAACAGUUAUAUGUACAAUGCCUCAACAAACAUCAUCUCUUGCUCAAGUACGAAGCACAACAUCAGGAAACAAUGAAAGUUCCAAAUUGGCUGUAACAAGUACUUCAUCUUUACCUAAUCGAGUACUCAGUGGAAGUGGCUCUCAAAAUGUAGCAAGUAUACCUUCUUCAUCAAACUUAUUAUAUCCUGUAAGGAACUUUUUCUCUUCACAUCCACGACAAAUGUAUCCUCAAUCACAAGGAGUUUACUUAUCUAGGCAGAGUCCUGAGCGAGCAUUACUGAGCCCAUCUUUGAGUACUUCAACUUCCACAGCAAAUGUUCGUAGUAGAACUCCUCCUCAUGAAUUGAUUGUGACCAGCUCAGAAAAUUCCAAUGUGUCUAUUGGAGUAAUUAGACUAGAACGUAUAUCUCUUGCUCCAUCUACUGAACCAAAUCAGCCAGUGCCAAACCUUUCUCCAAUAAAGAGUCCUGUUAGUAUAAGGCCUCAGGUUGCCUGCUCAAGUAGGCAAUUAUACGUACGAAGUGGAGUAGCUAGAACACUAACAGCCGUAUCAACACAAUCUCAAUCAGUUGUGACAUCAUCUGCAAGACUAGUGACAACAACAUCCACAACCACGAGUUCUAGUGGUAGAAGCAUGCCAGUGACUGCUCAUAUUCAGAGAGUUGGAUAUCCUAGAGAAUCUUCCCCCAGUCAAAAUAGUGCUGGAAUUCAGCUGAAGUAUGUGUUUAAAGAGGGAAUUUUAAGUGCAACUGAAGAAAAACAAAAUAUUGAGAAUGACACUGAAUCUCAAAAUGUUUCCAUGGUUUUAAGUCCAGAACAGAUUCAACAGUUAUUACCUAAAAGCACCUCACGUGUAGAUAAAUCACCAGCAAUUGAUCAAGAUGAUCAUCGUUCUCAGGGAGCCAGUUUACCGAAAUUUCAACAGGCUUUUGGAAGACAAAUGUACCAAAACAGCUCCACUGCUACCAGCAGUACUACUCUAACAGGAAGCAAUGAACCACCAUUAAAUUUCACACAGCACAUGCAGUCUUCCGGCGUGACUACUGAUUCUGCAACCUCUGCUUCUAUGUGCACGGUUUUGUCCAAAGCAGUACAAACUAUGAAUAAAGAUUCUGAAAUAGCUAAUAAGAGUACUACUCAAUCAAACAUUAAGAGUGAACAGUCUGACCAUAUUAAAAUGACAGUUCCUGGAAGUACAUCAACCUCUACCAUACAAGCUGCAACUGUAAGUACUUCCACUAAUCAGGUUGAAACACAGUUGACAAAUUCAACAUCACCUAUUAAAAGCAGAAUUAAUGAUAGAGCAGCAUCCUUGACCCAGACACCAGUUAAGUUCUUUUGUAAGGUUCCAGUGACAAUUGCAAGUUCAAAUUUACUUCAAGGAAAAUCUGUUGCAAUACUGAAGACCGCUGUAUCCCCUGAAAAAUUAACACAAACACAAGCCAAGUAUGAAGUAGAAAAUAGGUCCAAAGAGACAGUGAUUCGCAGCAAUAUGAGUGCUUUAUUAGCAGCUGCUCUACAAGCUCAACCACAACUAAGGCCAGUCUCUUCUGGUAUUUCUACAACAGGAAUGACUAGUACUCAAAAUCAGUUGAAAUCUUCAACAGAAGUUGAAAAGAAAAAACCAGAUCAAAACCAUCCUCAAAAAACUGUUGUAUCAAAAAAUUAUAGGAAACUUUCUGUCAUGCAACAACAACCUGUUACGCGAUAUUCAAAGCCAGUCUUGCAAGUAUCUGCUGCUAGUAAUAGUCAAAAUACAGUUACCUCAACACCUGUUGUGACAAUUCCAAUUCGCACAGUUCUGGCUGCAGGGCAACAGACUUCAACAACAUCAAGAAUUAGCAAUGAUAGAAUUGAAGUACGUUCUGAGCCCUUAGUCAGUCCUUCACCACCAGACGAUCCUUCUAGCAGCUCUUUAUUAGAUCAACAGCUAAAAGAAUUUGAAUCUGUAUUCAAUAAAGUUAAGAAAACAUCACAAAUGAAAGAAAGAACAAAUUCAACAACUACUGUUCAAAUUCAACCUCAUUUGAAUUUGGGACAACAGAUACUUUUAACUCAGCCUUCAAGUUCUACUAAUGUAGAAUUUACUACGACAAGUACCAAUCAAACUGCUCUUUUUCAGUCUACUUCAACAAACACAAUUCACGAUUUACAAGGAGAAAGAGUUAGUCUAACUUUUAUCAGUCAACCAACUUCAGGAGCAACAAACACAUUAAUUGCUGGUACCAAUCAAAAGAUAACAACAGCUACACCCGUAGUUGUUGUUCAAAGUUGUAGCAAGCCAGUUGCCUCUCCUGCCUUAAGUGUUACUUCCCAGAGCUCUUCCAGUCCUGCACCUCCGUCUACUCCUGGCAGCUCAUCAGGAAAAAUCACAACCUCAGCAGUAGUCAAGCAAAACAAAUCAAACAAGUCAAAAACAGCAACUAAAGCUGCACCAACUACCACAUUAAAAGUUUCAACUCUUCCCAAGCCUCAACAAAAACCCCAGGAAGAUGAACAAACAACUCAGAGAAUAUAUGCCAUUUUAGAUAAAUAUGCUGAACAAUUGCGUAAUUCUCCAGAGCUAAAAAAUAAACCUGCCCCAAGGAGAAGAUCAAACCCACCAACUAACCCCAGUCAAAACUCAAAACGUAAGAAAUCAACUCAAACCAAAUCAAAGUUACCAUCACAACAAGCAUCAUGCUCUUCUUCAGGAAUGGAAAUGAGUCCAGGAUCAGAAGAUUUACGUACUAUCGGAAGUGAAGAUAGCUCUAAUGGUGUUAGUCAACUUUCGCAAACAUUAAAUUCACCUCAAAGCAGACAGGAUGAUCCUUCAACACCUACAGGAGGUGAUGUUUCCUCUGAAACUUCUGAAUCUCAUGAUUCUAGAGAUGCUCGUGUCCAAUCGAGAAUGGUUUUGACUGAAACUUCUCCAGGUAGAGCAGUCCUAGUACAAGAUAAUGUUCCUACUCAAGUACUGAAUGUAGACGCAUCAAAACUCCUAGCUGGAAAACCAUUAGUAGUAGGUUCUCAGACUAUUGUUCCUCAGUUGGUUUUACCAAAUGUUCCAGGAAUGCAGAAAAUGCAACUUUUUCCUGUUCCUUCUGAUGGGCGUCCUUUGGUUGUUACCAAAGUUCCAAAAAUGUACAGAGUCCAUCAAGUAACAAUGCCAAGAGGGUCAACUUCUCUUCUUGGGCCAGGUUCUGUUGUUUUAAGACAUAUGUGUGGUACACCCACAGUGAAACAGGUCAAGCCAACUACUAUCAGUGGAAUUUCUGCCCAAAACCUCAGCAGUGUAAUACACUCUCCCAAUUUAACAGUAACACAUAACUCUGCCCUGGAAUCUGGAGAAGCUAUUAAUAUCAAUCUUGACAACACUAUACUCUUGAACUCAACAUCCCCUAAAUCAAUAAGUUUUGUACACCGUAGUAUCCCUUCUUCAUCUUACCACAGCCAAGAGCCACCGACUUCUGGGUCAUCUGUCACAACUAUUACCACUUCUGCAACUUCAGCUCAGAAAACCACUGUAGCGUAUUCCGCUGCUGACUUAAAUGUCAGUUAUAUUAAGGAUCAAGGAAAUACUUUGACAAUGCGCACUCAAAUAAAUGUAAUACCAGUCUCAUCACCCCAAGAUACCAAAACAGUUUGUCGGACAGGAACAGCAACCUCAACUAAUCUAUCAUGCAUUGAGCUUGAUGAUGAUAUUAGUUAUACUGCUAAUGAUCCCAGACCUACAGUUAAAUCAGAUUCUAGUCACCUGUGUAGUACCCAGAGUAACAGCAAUGAUGCAGGCAGAUGGGUAUCAACAGACUCCACAAAAUCAUCAACUGCUGAUACAACAAAAAAAGAAGAUAUUUCUGAAGAUUUUAGUAACUUUCAAACUUCAGUCAGCACACUGAUGAGUCACAGAAGUUCAAAUUCCACCUUUCUGCCUAAACAAGAUAUAUCGGAAGGAAGUGUGGUGAUGGACAAUGAUCACAAUCUUCAAUUAAAAGAAGAAGUCAAGCCAGAAAGACCUUUACAAGAACCAGAACUAUGUGACGAAGAGAGUGUCUCAAGUGACAGUGCAGGAAGUGGUCGUGUCAAAAAUAGAAGUGAAGAGAAAUCUCACUUAAUGCCAGAAACUAGUCAAGAUACAGGUUCUCCCUGGCCUUAUAAUGUUACCAAAAUUGAAUGUCUAGAGAAAUCGGAAUCCCCUUGUGCAUCAGCAAAACAAGAGGAUGCUGAGUCUCACUCAAUAACUCUAACUCAUUCUCAAGGAAGAGACUACAAAAAGAAAGUAAAUAACGUAGAAAAUACAAUUUAUCAAAUGGCUUUUAAAAGGUCAGAUCGAACCAAAAUAACAACUAAAGAGAUGGAAAGAAAUGCAGCGGUCCUGGAAAGAGAUUUAAGACUUCAAAAAAGUUUAUCUGAAGAGUGUGAAGAUCUUGGUGUUGAUGAACCCAGCACAAGUGAUUUGUUUCCAGAAGCUGAACUUUUAUUGGACCCAGACCACUCCAGUCGUGAUAGCCAAAUAGAUUUGCCGAGUGAAACAUUUUCCCAGACACUUAAUUCUUCAUCCAGUUGUGACUCAAAUGCUAUGAGUCCUAUGUUUCCUCUCAGUAAACGACCGACAACCUACAGAAGUAUUCAAAAGUCCCUGUCCACUAUCAGUAGAAGUAAUAGGUUUUUACCUAUUUUCAACAACCCCAUUUAUCAGUACACUGAAGAAAGUACAAGUGGGACUGUAUCAAGUACAAGAGUUGAUAGUCCUGAAUGCCAUGUUGUUGGAUAUAAAUUUAAAAGCAACAAAUUUAGCUCCAAUUCAGACAGUAAUUCACCUUAUAUGAACAAAUCUUUAAACACAAAAGGAACUGACAGUCCAGUACAUCAGAAAUUAUCUGUGGGUGAUCAACACAAGUCUAGUUCAUCAGGAACAAGUACUCCAGUGAAUGGUGGAGAAUCAACAGCAUCGCCCAACCAUGAUGAAAUGCCUAAUAGUUGUACAUCAGAGGAAACACAGUGUGCUCAGAAAAUCAGUGAUGAUAACUGCAAAGAUACAGAGGUUGACACAACUACAGAUUCUGAUUCAAAUAUUGAUGUUCUCAACGCUUCUUCUAGUCAUGAUAGCCCUGCAGAAACAAAAAGUUCUUUUAUUCCAAUUCCAAAUCCUGCUGCAACUGCACCAUUCACUUAUGGUGGAAACAGAAGUAAUCUCAAGUUUACCAGUAGAAAAGUUCCAAUGAAACAUGAAAUCUGGAAAAACAUUCUCAAAGGAAAUGAUAAUAAAGAAGAUUUAGAUUCUGACAUGUCCGAUCCAGAUCAAGUAAGAACCAGUGACAAAAGGAGCACAUCAACAGAAGAAGACCUGCAAUCAGAAGGUGAAGCUCGGGCAAAAAAUGGUCUAGGAACUGAAAGUGAAGAUCUGCAAUCAACAAGUGAUAGAAUUAUGAGGUCAACAAAAAAGUUAAAAAAAAGGCAAGGACCUCUCAUUAAAUGUUCUGCAUCCAAAAAUAAAGUACCACGAAAAACAGAGUCUCACUGUGUAGAGGAACUGUUAGCGGAUAUUCCAAGUUCAACUGAGAUUUGUAAGAAUGCUGCAAGUCAUCACGACAUGUCCAGACGUUCUUCACUUCGAGGUCACAUAAAGAAGAACUGUCCUUGCUGUAAUGGUUCACCAGAUAAAAAAUCUACAAGAACAGAAAAAUAUCAGACCGUUACUUGCCCUACUCCAACAGCAUUUAUUGUAGGAGUGACAAAUAAAAAGAAACCAAACUGUAAAAGUGUUGUAAAGAGCAGCCAUAUCACAAAAAAAAGAUAGUCAUGUUUUCAUUUUGUCAUAAAGUAAUAUUGUAAUUAUGUAUUUAUGUAAGAUUUGAAUUUAGAGGUAUCAAAUGUAAGUGUGUAAGAAAUUGUUAGUUUUCUUUUAUACUUUAUUUAGCUUUAUAUAGCUCGAUUAUUCUAAUUAUAAGACUUGGUAUAACCAGCCUAUUGGUCUAAUGUAAAAUUUUGUACAUUCAUAAAAAAGUAUUUUCUAUUAACUUGGUACGAUACCAAAGAUCUCUACCUUGUGUUCUAUCACCAAGGUAUAACAUUAGUAUUAGAGUAUAAACAAUAUUGUUUUGUGUUAUUUCAAAAUAUUUAAUCUAUACUGUAUCAGAAUUUUUUGUAGUAGAUAGAAUAAUCAUUAUUUGUACAUUUGUUAAAGUCUUCACAAUUUUUUAUACAAUAGAAUUCGUAAAUUAGGAUAAGAAAAUUAUAUAAAAAUGUAUGUACUUUUGUUACUUUUUUGGAUCAAAACUUUUUUGUUAA